AUGUCAUCCCAAAUGGCGAAUCGAGUCGACAGUCGAAUCUAUCGACCAGAGCUGGCUGCUGUUCAAUUUGGGCACACAAAGGGCACCCUCUUCUUCGAUGGUCAAACGGGAGUGUGGUUGGUGCAUUCGGUACCGAAAUUCCCUCCACCUGAUCACUAUCAAUAUCCGGAUUCGGGAACCGAUUACGGGCAAACGAUGUUGUGCAUGACGUUCACCUAUGCUCAACUCAAGGAUAUUGAUUUCCGCGAGCGGGGGAAACCUGACGACAACGUAGGUGAUCGGGAGCGGGUUGAGCCUGAC